CACACACCUGUGUGCAAAUUUAAUAAAAAGACACAUUCAUACACACCACAUUUGUCGGUGUGAAAGGUGAUCUGUCGAAACAAUAUUACCCCCUUUUCAGCUCCCCUCAACCCAUUCCAUUCCACACUCUCUCUUUCCCUUUCUCUCUCUCUCCCCCCAUUUCUCCAUUCUUAUCGAAUUCCAAUUCUGCUAAAUCUGCUUCAACUUAGACCCAAAAUCAUGGAAACCAACUCGGUUUCCAAAUGGGCUUUGUUGUUCUUCGUUGUAAUCCAACUGGGUGCUCAAGGAAUUCAAUGUAGUGUCACUUACGAUAGUAAAGCCAUCGUCAUCAAUGGUCAAAGAAGAAUACUCAUCUCUGGUUCGAUACAUUAUCCUCGAAGUACUCCUGAGAUGUGGGAAGAUCUUAUAAUGAAGGCGAAAGAAGGAGGACUUGAUGUGAUUGAAACUUAUGUGUUUUGGAAUGUUCAUGAGCCUACUCCUGGCAAUUAUAAUUUUGAAGGGAGAAACGAUUUGGUGAGAUUCUUAAAGACUGUGCAAAAAGCCGGACUUUAUGCUCAUCUUCGAAUUGGACCUUAUGUUUGCGCUGAAUGGAAUUUUGGAGGAUUACCAGUUUGGCUGAAGUAUGUUCCUGGUAUUAGCUUUAGAACCGAUAACGAGCCAUUCAAGAGGGCUAUGAAGGGUUUCACUGAGAAAAUUGUGAACAUGAUGAAGAGUGAAAAGUUGUUCGAAACCGAAGGAGGUCCAAUUAUCCUCUCUCAGAUUGAGAAUGAAUACGGGUCGAUAGGAAAGGCACUUGGAAGCGCUGGACAUAAUUACAUGACUUGGGCUGCAAAUCUGGCCGUUGGAUUGGGGACAGGUGUCCCAUGGGUCAUGUGCAAGCAAGAUGAUGCCCCGGAUCCAGUUAUAAACACAUGCAAUGGUUUUUAUUGUGACGCUUUUACCCCUAACAAACCAUACAAACCAACAAUUUGGACCGAAACUUGGAGCGGAUGGUUCACAGAAUUUGGUGGGCCCAUCCACGAGAGGCCCGUUCAAGAUUUAGCAUUUGGUGUUGCUCGAUUCAUUCAAAAGGGUGGAUCUUUCUUUAACUACUACAUGUAUCAUGGAGGAACGAAUUUUGGUCGAUCUGCUGGAGGCCCUUUUAUCACUACUAGUUAUGAUUAUGAUGCUCCACUUGAUGAAUAUGGUUUAAUCAGACAACCGAAAUACGGACAUUUAAAAGAGCUUCACAAAGCUAUUAAACAAUGUGAGCCUGCAUUAGUUUCUUCAGAUCCUACAGUUACUUCUUUGGGUAGCCUUCAACAGGCGCAUGUAUUUUCAUCAAAAUCGGGACAUUGUGCAGCUUUUCUUGCAAAUUAUAAUCCAAACAAUGCAGAAAAAGUGAUGUUCAACAAUAUGCAUUAUACUUUGCCUCCAUGGUCUAUCAGUAUCCUUCCUGAUUGCAAGAAUGUUGUGUUUAACACUGCUAAAGUUGGAGUUCAAUCAACACAAAUGGAAAUGUUACCAACAAAUUCGGAGUUGUUUUCAUGGGAGACGUAUAAUGAAGAUUUAACAAUGGUGGAUGAGAGCUCGACUUUUACUACUUCUGGUUUAUUGGAGCAAAUUAAUGUUACUAGAGAUACUAGUGAUUAUCUUUGGUAUACAACAAAUGUUGAAGUUGGUUCUUCCGAAUCAUUUUUGCGAGGCGGGGACCACCCGAAGCUUUUGGUCCAGUCAACGGGUCAUGCUCUUCAUGUUUUUAUCAACGGAGAACUUUCGGGUUCGGCUUUUGGAACACGUGAAAAUAGAAGAAUUACGUACAAAGAAAACGUCAAUCUCCGCCCCGGAAACAACAAAAUAUCACUACUCAGUGUUGCCAUGGGAUUACCGAAUAUCGGAGGACAUUACGAAACAUGGGAAACCGGCGUCAUGGGUCCGGUCGCACUCUACGGUCUUGACCAAGGGAAACAAGAUCUCUCAUGGGCAAAAUGGACCUACCAGGUUGGUUUAAAGGGAGAGGCCAUGGAUGUCAUUUCAACAAACAGUUUUUCAUCCGUUGAAUGGAUGCAAGGUUCUCUUAUCGCUCAAAAACAACAACCGCUGACAUGGCACAAGGCUUCUUUUAAAGCGCCUACGGGAGACGAGCCAUUGGCUUUAGACAUGAGCAGUAUGGGAAAAGGUCAAGUAUGGAUCAACGGUCAAAGCAUCGGGAGAUAUUGGACCGCGUACGCCACAGGGGAUUGCCACGGGUGCCACUACGCCGGAACAUACCGCCCUCCAAAAUGUCAACUCGGAUGUGGUCAACCAACUCAACGAUGGUACCAUGUGCCUAGAUCGUGGUUAAAACCAACGGACAAUUCAUUGGUGCUAUUUGAAGAACUUGGUGGCGACCCGACCCGUAUUUCACUAGUCAAACGGUCAACAACCACCAUAUGUGGUGAUAUGUUUGAAUAUCACCCGAAUAUUAAAGAUUGGCAUAUCGAAAGCUAUGGAAAAACACAAGAGCUUCAUAGGCCAAAAGUUCAUCUCCAUUGUGGGCCCGGGCUAACCAUAUCCGCCAUUAAAUUCGCGAGCUUUGGAACUCCAAUGGGGACAUGUGGCACUUUCCAACAAGGCACUUGUCAUGCCCCUGCAUCGUAUGAUGUAAUUGAAAAGAAGUGUAUUGGGAAAGAGCAAUGUGCAGUGACGAUAGCAAAUAGCAACUUUGGGGAAGACCCGUGUCCGAAUAAAUUGAAACGGUUGACAGUUGAAGCGGUUUGUGCUCCGAAUUCGAGGGGUUAAAUUUUAAAUGGAAAGGAAGAUGAAAAGGAAAAUACAAAUUGAAGAGUUUGGGAUAUUUAGGGUAGUUUUUAAUUAAAUUAUUAGAAGGUAUAUUAGGGUGUAUAUUAGUGAGAGAAGAUCCCAGGGGUUUUACCAAAUUGUGAGCCUCGUGAUGGGUCGAUCCAAGUACUGGUGGUGUUUUCGGGUGUUUUUGACCCGGAAAGUGGAACCGGAUGUUGGUGUUGAUUUGGUGUGAUUUAUUUGGAGUUUGAUUGUAUGAUUAUUAUUGUUAUUUAAGAUUUUAAGGGGGGUGGGGGGGAAUUGAAAUGAAACCCUGGAAUUAGGUUCGGGUUUAGGAAUGGAUCCUAUUACUCAACAUUUUAUGUUAAUUGUGUGCAGUUUCUAAUGAGAAAUACAUUCUGAUUUUAA